AGAUUCUGUACAUUCGUCGUUUAUUUGAGAAUUUCGGCGUUCAAGAUAUCCCGUUCUUCGAUUCUUGAGUGUUACUCGAGCCAUGAUCUGGUAGAGCUUAUCCGAAAGCCAAGACUAUCGCUGAGCCUGUCGAAAUGGACAAAUUCUGUAAUUCGUCGUUUAUGGAUAUUGACUUAUCCUGGAACACGCAGGAUCCGGAUCUCACUCCAUGCUUCCAAAAGACGGUGCUUGUGUGGGUGCCAUGUAUCUGGCUGUGGUUGCUUCUGCCCUUCGAAAUUCAUAGCUUGAAAUUAUCGCGAGGCCGAUACAUUCCCUGGACGUAUCUCAACAUGGCGAAGAUUUUUGUUUCUUUGGCCCUUUCGAUUUCACAAAUCAUUGAAUUCGGUUACGUUGUUUCCGUCGGGUAUUCAAGACCUGUUCCAUCUUCUGAUUUCGUCGCUCCGUUUGUGCUGGUCAUCACAUUGAUUCUAGUAAUGUUCCUCAUCGUUGCUCAGAGACGAAGAGGGAUACAAUCGUCUGGUCCCUUGUUUAUAUUUUGGGUAUUGCUUGCUGUAGCUGGAGCUCCAGCGUAUAGAACAUUUUUGCGUGGGUUGAGCACAAUGGACGAGGACCGUCGUCUCUUUUCCUUCGUCAUUUACAUGGUGUACUACCCCUUGGUUUUGGUGUCCCUGUUGCUGAGCUGCUUUGCUGAUGCAAGACCCGUCCGGUUGAUCGAUGCGUCUCAACCGGAUAAUGGUGACACGAUGCGAGCCGAAUGUCCUGAAUAUGGAGCGUCGUUUCUGUCGUGCAUAACUUUUUCGUGGUUUGACAAAAUGUCGUGGCGUGGAUAUCGUAAUCCACUUACUAUGGAUGACUUAUGGUCCCUGAAUGAAGUUGACAAGUCGAAAAACAUCGUCCCGAUUUUCGAUAAGCACUGGGAUCGAGCGAGGAGGAAGGCUAUUCUAAAAGCGUCAAAAAAACAAUUAUCCCAGAAGAUCCGGAAUCGUUCUGUUUCCAUGCAGUACAAGGCUGAGGGCGUGGAAAUCAAAUCAAGCAAGAAGCUCUUGCCCGAUAGUGAUGGGACAAAAGAUGCUGUUUUUGAAGAUAAAUCUGAUGUAGCUGUGAAGAGCGAAGCUUCGAUUUUGGGUCCAAUUUGUAGAACAUUUGGUCCAACUUUUGUUAUGGGCUCAGUGUUGAAAGUAGCUCACGACUUGCUUGCCUUCGUCAGUCCACUGAUUCUUGAGCAGUUGAUCAAGUUUGUUGAGUCUGGAGAAGAACAAUGGAAAGGGUUUUUCUACACGGGUAUCAUGGUAGUCGCUGCAUGCCUUCAGUCGCUGGUGCUAGGACAAUAUUUCCACCGCAUGUUCAUUGUUGGGAUGCGAGUACGAACUGCCGUGGUCUCAGCAGUUUACAGAAAAGCACUCAAAUUGUCAAACGCUGCGAGAAAGGACUCUACUGUUGGCGAGAUCGUUAAUCUCAUGAGUGUAGAUGCUCAGAGAUUCAUGGAUCUAACGACGUAUCUCAACAUGCUCUGGUCUGCUCCGCUUCAGAUAUGUCUUGCACUGUAUUUUCUAUGGUUGCAACUUGGACCUUCUGUGCUGGCUGGUCUGGCAGUGAUGAUUAUCCUUAUUCCCGUCAACGGAGUCAUUGCGAACUUGACGAAGAAACUGCAGAUCAAGCAAAUGAAAAAUAAGGACGAACGGGUUAAACUGAUGAAUGAAAUCCUGAACGGGAUCAAGGUUUUGAAGCUGUACGCAUGGGAACCGUCGUUUCAGAAAUUUGUGGUGGACAUUCGUGAUAAGGAAAUCGAAGUCCUCACUCAAGCUGCAUAUCUUAAUGCUGGGACAUCGUUCAUAUGGACGUGUGCUCCAUUUCUGGUUUCGGUUGUCACCUUCGCGACUUAUGUUCUGUCGGAUCCAAACAAUGUGCUUGAUUCAUCAAAAGCAUUCGUGUCGCUGAGUUUGUUCAACAUAAUGAGGAUGCCCAUGUCAAUGCUGCCGUUUUUGAUCGUUGGCAUGGUUCAGGCUGGUGUGUCUCUCAAGCGAAUGAACAAGUUCAUGAAUGGCGAAGAAUUGGAUGAAAAUGCUGUGACUAGGGAAAUUACUUCAGACACUCCUUUGCUGAUGGAGAACGCAACAUUCAGCUGGGGCAGAGAUGAAACGCCAAUGCUACAGAACAUCAGCUUGAGUUUGCCCGCUAAGAAGCUGAUUGCAGUUGUUGGUCCUGUGGGUGCUGGAAAAUCUUCUCUUAUCUCUGCGUUUCUGGGUGAAAUGGACCGAGGAGCCGGUCGUGUCAACAUCAGUGGCAGUGUGGCAUAUGUCGCGCAGCAAGCCUGGAUACAGAAUGCCACAUUGAAAGACAACAUUCUUUUCGGGAAACCAGAUAAUGAUCGAUUGUAUCGGAGAGUCGUGGAUGGCUGUGCGUUGCGGUCGGAUUUUCAGAUUUUACCCGCCGGCGACCGGACAGAAAUUGGCGAAAAAGGUAUCAAUCUUAGUGGUGGGCAAAAGCAGCGAGUUAGUUUGGCAAGAGCCGCGUUUGCGGAUUGUGACAACUACUUUCUCGAUGACCCGUUGAGUGCAGUAGAUUCACAUGUGGGGAAGCACAUUUUUGAGAAAGUGAUCGGACCAAAAGGGCUUUUGCGAAACAAGACGCGACUAUGGGUCACGCAUGGCAUGGCUUUCUUACCUCAGACAGACCUGGUAGUUGUUAUGAAGGACGGUCAGGUUUCAGAAAUGGGAACCUAUGAUGAAUUGCUGAAGAAGAAAGGCGGAUUUGCUGAUCUUGUCAUUCAGUACCUCUCACAGGAAGUCACCGAUGAGGAUGAUGUGGACGAUUUGAAACAAAACCUUGAGGCGGCGCUUGGGAAAGAAACUGUCCUGAAGGAAAUAAAGCGUCAGCGGUCGCGACUGUCCGAGUCAAGUUUUGGCGGCUCUCACAAACUGGGGCUUGACGCUUACGUUUCUGCUCCUUGUGUUAGCGGCAGACUGCUAAACUUGCUGUUCUGCGUUCAACCUGUCUUUUUGAUUGAGAAGGAGCAUUCGGAAACCGGCAAAGUUAAACUGUCUGUUUAUGCGCAUUACCUCAAGUCUAUCGGCAUUGUAAUUUCGUCCGUGACGAUUGCCUUAUACGUGUUCUCGCAAAUUUGUGCGGUCGGCUCUAACGUGUGGCUUUCAUUCUGGGCAAACGACGCUCCACCAAAUGGCACAACUUUGGAUACUGGGAAACGAGAUAUGUACCUCGGCGUUUACGGGGCUUUGGGUCUCGGACAAGCCCUGGCGAUAUUUUUUGGCUCGAUGGCCAUGGCGUUGGGAACGUUGGUUGCUUCCGCCAAGUUGCACAAUGGAAUGCUGUCCAACAUUCUCAAAAGCCCAGAUACUGGGAAACGAGAUAUGUACCUCGGCGUUUACGGGGCUUUGGGUCUCGGACAAGCCCUGGCGAUAUUUUUUGGCUCGAUGGCCAUGGCGUUGGGAACGUUGGUUGCUUCCGCCAAGUUGCACAAUGGAAUGCUGUCCAACAUUCUCAAAAGCCCCAUGGGCUUUUUCGAUACGACGCCCGUGGGGAGAAUAGUCAAUAGGUUCUCCAAGGAUGUCGACACGCUAGACUUGAUCAUACCGAUGAAUUUGCGCUCUUGGCUCAUCUGUUUUCUGCAGUCGAAAACCGUUUUUGUAUGUUCGGUGGGAAAAAAAGCUUUGGCGACAACGUUGGGAUGGAUGAGCUUGUCGGUCGGGACCUUGAAGGCAACGAAUGCGUUACAUAACAAGAUGUUGUUGAGGAUUCUGCAAGCGCCGCUGUCGUUUUUUGAUUCCACCCCGGUUGGCCGAGUUGUGAAUCGAUUCUCCAAAGACGUGGAAACACUGGACAAUCAGAUGCGCCAAGUGCUAAGCAACUGGUUAUCCUGUGUUUUUAUGGUAAUUUAUUUCUUGCGGUUGGGAGGAAAAGGAUAUGGAUUUUUUUGGCACUGGAUGGUGAUGGAUUUAUAUCUAACACUGGGCGGGAUCCCGCGUGAAGUCGAUGAUUUCCGCGCGGAUGUUUCAUCCGCUGUCAGCACAUUGGGGAUAGUGAUGCUGUAUUUAAGUUGCUUGAGAACGGCAAAGCGGCUCCACGCAGAACUUCUCGAACGAGUACUCAAGGCGCCGUUGAGGUUUUUUGAAACGCAGUCGAUCGGGCGAAUUCUAAGUCGUUUCUCCAAAGACACUGAUGUCCUUGAUGACGAUCUUCCGUAUUUCUUGGAAGACUGGCUCUUUUGCUUUGUUGAGGUGAUCGCAACGUUGGCGGUCAACAGCUACAGCACUCCGAUUUUCUUGGUGGUCAUCGUCCCGGUUGGAGCCUUUUAUUAUUUCAUUCAGAGAUUCUAUGUCGCAACAUCGAGGCAGUUGAAGAGGCUGGAAUCCGUGAGCAGAUCACCGAUUUAUUCGCACUUCGGAGAAACAGUUACAGGAGUAUCAACCAUUCGGGCCUACGGGAAACAAGGGCAGUUUACUCUGGAAUCUGAAUUGCGAGUCGACGAAAAUCAGAUUUGCUACUAUCCCAGCAUUGUAUCGAACCGUUGGUUGGCGAUCAGGCUGGAAUUCGUCGGAACCUUGAUAGUGCUGUUUGCAUCCCUGUUCGCCGUUCUGGGUCGUGAUUCAAUGUCACCUGGUCUCGUCGGCCUGUCCGUCUCCUACGCCAUGUCAGUUACGCAAACCCUCAACUGGCUCGUGCGCAUGACGUCUGAUGUGGAAACCAACAUAGUUGCCGUGGAACGUAUCAAGGAGUACUGUGAAACCCCGACGGAAGCCAGUUGGGAAACACCUGCCGGAGAAACCAAGCCACCUGCUAAUUGGCCGGACAAUGGCACGAUCGUGUUCGACUCGUAUUCAACCCGGUAUCGCGAAGGUCUAUCGCUCGUGCUCAAGGAAAUUUCGGCGGACAUUAAAGGCGGUGAAAAAGUCGGGAUCGUUGGAAGAACGGGUGCUGGAAAGUCUUCCCUGACCCUGGCCUUGUUCAGAAUUGUGGAGGCGGUCAAGGGCAGGAUUUUGAUUGACGGUGUGGAUAUUAGCCGGAUCGGACUGCAUGAUUUGCGGUCGAGAUUGACGAUCAUCCCGCAGGAUCCCGUAUUGUUUUCUGGGGAUCUGAGGAUGAAUUUGGAUCCCUUCAAGGCCAACUCUGACGAAGAAGUGUGGCGCGCCUUGGAACACGCGCAUCUGAAACCUUAUGUGCAAAAGGUUGGCUUGGAUUACGUCGUGUCCGAAGGCGGAGAAAAUUUGAGUGUUGGUCAACGGCAACUUAUUUGUCUCGCGAGAGCAUUGCUGAGACAUACCAAGAUUCUGGUGCUUGAUGAAGCAACUGCAGCGGUUGACAUGGAAACAGACGAUUUGAUUCAGAAAACAAUCAGAGAAGAAUUCAAAGACGCGACGGUGGUCACCAUUGCGCACAGAUUGAACACUAUCAUGGACUACGAUCGUGUGAUCGUGCUGGAUCAGGGUGAAGUGAAAGAAUUCGGAAGUCCGGAUGAACUGAAAAGCAAGAAAGAUACGACAUUCUACUCCAUGGCCAAAGAUGCUGGACUUGUCUAAAAUUGCCGUCCCACAUUUUUGUUGUUGUCAAUUCCUCACGGCGUUGUACUUUAGGUUGUGUCAAUCGUGUUUUUUUUUCUUUUGUUUCCGGGUUGUUGGGGGAAGCGA